ACACUAAGGCUGUGCCAAGGGUGUGUCAUGAGGCUUCUUGAGUGACAGAAAACUCACUGACAAUAAAGGGACAGAUGAUUGUACCACCUCAUUCACAGACAGGCCUCUUAGGAGAAACCCGGGGAGAUUCCACACUGUCAGCCCCUUCUCCAACAUCAGCACGUGUUCCUGACUCCUCCUCGGUGCCCAGCUCUGUACUGGCAACUAGGAGAGUAGUGAACUUGAACUUGGCCUUGAGGAACAGCUGCCUCUAGGGUCGGAUCAGACAAGAGUACUGGGAGCUGGAGCUUACAGUCAAAGGAGAAAUGAGCAAUCUGCAACCUUUGGAGGAGGAGAAAUACGAUAUGUCAGGUGCCCGCCUGGCCCUCACAUUGUGUGUCACCAAAGCCCGGGAAGGUUCCGAAGAAGACCUGGAUGCCCUGGAACACAUGUUUCAGCAGCUGAGAUUCAAAAGCACCAUGAAGAGAGACCCCACUGCCCAGCAAUUCCAGGAAGAGCUGGAAAAAUUCCAGCAGUCCAUCGAUUCCUGGGAAGAACCCGUCAGUUGCGCCUUUGUGGUACUCAUGGCUCACGGGAGGGAAGGCCUCCUCAAGGGAGAAGAUGGGGAGAUGGUCAAGCUGGAGAACCUCUUUGAUGCUCUGAACAACAAGAACUGCCAGGCCCUGCGAGCCAAGCCCAAGGUGUACAUCAUACAGGCCUGUCGAGGAGAACAAAUGGACUCCGGUGAAAUAGUAGGUGGGGAUGAGAUUGUGAUGGUCACCAAAGACGGCCCCCAAACCAUCCCAACUUACACAGACGCCCUGCACGUCUACUCCACGGUGGAGGGAUACAUCUCCUACCGACAUGAUCAGAAAGGCUCCUGCUUCAUCCAGACCCUGGUUGAUGUGUUCACAAAGAGAAAAGGACAUAUCUUGGAGCUUCUGACAGAGGUGACCCGGCAGAUGGCAGAAGCAGAGCUGGAUCAGGAAGGAAAACCAAGGAAAGUGAACCCUGAAAUCCAAAGCACCCUCCGGAAACGGCUGUAUCUGCAGUAGGAGCAGAAAGACAGGGAGGAGCUUUCCUUCCAUCAUUCCUUCUGUACCACAGAAAUUUAGAGGCAGCUCUUACCACUUCCCAAUAUCUUCUCUUCCCAAGGAUAAAUGACGCCUAGUUUCUUUUUCAUCAUGCCCCUCAUGCAGGUCCUCCUUUAAUCUGUCCCUGUCCUUCUUAGAGCAAGCCAGCCAAAACUUAGCACAAGGCACGGUGGUAACAUUAACAUCAUCUCCCUCAGGCUGGACAUUCUAUCUUUAUUAAUGCAACCUACGAGACCUAAGAGUGCAUUCACUUAUCCUACUUUCUGUUCCUGUGGUCUUCUUUCUCCCAUGAAGCAGAAACAGGAUAAAACUCAAGAUUUUCCAUGGACAAAUCAAUGCCCACUCAUCCCCUCCCACCCCAAUCCAACCUCCACUGGCUCCUGCAUCUCACUUGGAGAUAAAACCUCCUCCUGUGGUCAAUGCAUUCCCAACUUCCAGUUCCCUCCUUCACUCUGGUGAUUUAGUAAGGCAAGAACCAUUCUUUCCAAAACCACUCCUCCUUGGCUAGCAAGUUGGUGUCUUAACUCCGUUCUCUUCCUGGCUCAUGGCCUCUCUGGAUAAUGAAGUUGUCUCUUCCUUUCUGGAUCUCUUCCUCCUCACACCCCUCCCCCUGAGACCCCGGACUCUGCCCUCUCUCCAAGAAAAUCCAUCCAUUCAUCUAUUCUUGCAGUCAACUACUCUGAAUUAGAGCAUGCUGGAGCUAUGUCAAAUUCCCUGUUGUCACCUUGCUAUUUUGCAGACAAUAUAAUGUUUAACCUCUCUUAACAAGAGAGGUUCAAUAAUUUGUCAAAUGCAACACAGUAAGACAGAGACAAGGACAAGGUUUGACUUCCAGUCCAGCCUCCUUUCCACGACAUGCUAAGUCUUGAUCCAUCUGAAAUCUUUCUUGAUUAGUGAAGAUGCCUAAUAAUUUUCCCUACCUCCAAGGUAGGAGCCUUCUGGAAGUUUCUAGAAAUUCUCAAUAACCACCAGCUAAGGUUACCUCCAGGUAACCUUGUAGCACCAGGCUGGAAGUCAGACCGGCUUCACUAUCUUCCCAGUCUGUAUCUCCCCAUCCCCAGCCCUGACCUUUCCUGCUCAGAUAAUCUGUGGGUGCAUCCAGUGUCACUGAAAACUCAGAGCUAAAGAUGAACCUUUUCUUCUCCUCCAAGCAUCCCCUGGUAUCCUCAACCUCAGAUUCCAGGUUGCGAUUUCUGCAGUUAAUCUAUGACCCCUCUCUUCUUGCAUCCUUCAUAUGCCACCAGACACCAUGCCCAGUCCAGCUUGAUUUUGAAACAACUUUCGUGCCUGUCUUCUCUUCCCUGACAUGUUACUCUCCAGGCUCAAGUCCUCAUCUUCUCUUAUCUGCAUCUUUGCAACCAACUUCCUCCCUUGCCUCUCUGCAUUUCCAACUCACUUUCCAUGUGUUUUCUGUAUCAUCUAUAACAGUGAUCUCCCUGGAACACUCAAGAAGGCAUGACAUACCCUAUUACUUAAAGACCAGGGGUCUGGGUUCAGUGGCUCACACCUGUAAUCCCAACACUUUGGGAGUCUGAAGUGGGAGGAUCACUUGAGGAGAGGAGUUAGAGACCAGCCUGGGCAACACAGCAAGACCUCAUCUCUACAAAAAAAAUUAAAUAAUUAAUUAAUUAAUGAAUUAACUGGGUAUGGUGGCAAGUGACUGUAGUCCCAGCUACUCAGGAGGCUGAGGUUGGAGGAUCACUUGAGCCCAGGAGUUUGAGGCUGCAGGGAUCUAUGAUCAUGCCACUGCAUCCCAGCUCUAAGCAGGAGAGUGAGAUCUGGUCUCCAAAAUCAAUCAAUCAAUCAAAUAAAGACCAAAGUCAAACUGCACAUCGGGAUCUCUCACACCUUUCCAGUGUUGCCAUCUGCCAGCACUUAGCUUAACACAUCUCCCACCUCUUCCGCCAUGAAUUCACUCUUUGAGCAAGGCUAAUGUCGUCUUACUCACCCUUGCCUCUAAGCGUUUGCUAUCACCAUUGCCCCUAAGCUGGGGGGCUCUCCCUCUCCCUUUAUCCCUCUUCUACUACCCCCCACCCCUACUUUUUCCAAAAACCCAUUUCCACUCUUUUUUCUGGUUGAUCCUGCCCUCUCGCCCAGAACAAGAUGCUGGAAAUGACCACUUCCGGAGGACAGGGAACAAGUGCUUGAUCUGCAUAAUAAGUAUUCAAUAAACAGUUGUCAAACUUUGAAA